AUGAGGGGGAACUGUCUGAUGCCCAUUUUACUGGUACUCUUCACGGGGUUCCUGGUCAUCUCUUCCGAGUCCUUCUCGUACACCAGAGACUGCAAUGAUCAACAACAUAGGGUAAGUUGUUGUUAUUGGUGUUAUAACCAUAUUACAAGUGAUAGGUUACAUAUAUGACUUUAUGUUAUACGUAACAUAACUUACAUGACAAUGUUACUAUAAUACCUUACACAUGUUCUAUAAAGGUUAUAGUAACACACCACUAUAACUGUUUAUCUGCAAACCAAGUAACAGUGGGUUAUUGUCAACAAAACCAACUGUUACAGUUCGCCUUGUUGUCAUAGCAAUAAAAGUCUCAGCUGAUGUUAUCAGUCGAGUUUGUAGUCGGAUUCUUUUGUUUCUGCCUUCCGCAUAACUCCCCACUUUCAGGAAAUACAUUGCGUUGUAAGACCGGUCGAUUGCGAGGAAGAUGAGCAGAUCCCGCAAGUCAACAAGACCACCCUCAUACCUGACGAAGCUCACGACAUCCGGGUGUCGAACGUCGCGAAAGCAGUGUCGAAGAGGAAAGGGGAGUCUUAUCAGUUGUCGGUCGAUAUUUCGUGGCAGACCCCACCUAACAGUAAGUCACUUGUUUACUGUAGUAAAUGUAAAAUACUAAGGCUAAAGCAAUAUGAAGAAGACUAUUCUGAAGCCUUUGAAAAACAUUAUCAAGCUUUUGUCAGAUAAAAAGUUCAUUAACAAACAAACUUGAAAAGAAUGUUUUGACCUUAGCAGACCUACCACAACAUAAAACAAAUUUCAGACUCGACCAGACUUCUGCACGGAUUCUUGUUGGAAAUCAAUUCAGAAGACGGAAAGCAGCACCAGUGCUUUCUGUUGGAUGUAAACGGCUCCACUUGGACUGAAAACACCGUCAAAUUGUCGGUAUGUCAACAUAAGCCAUAUUAAGCCUAAUAUACAUUGUCAGAAAUACGGUAAAAGUUUAAUUAAUCUAUAGCAUGUCAUGUACAUUACUCUAAAGUAAUAUUAUACUUUCAGCCGAGACUUCACUUCUUCACCGAAUCCCUGUUCAGAUUCUCGCAGAAUUACGAAAUCUCCGUGCAUUCGUUGCCGGAGGGUAUUGAGAUUACUCGUACAGCGACCAAAACCGUCCAGAUGCCGCACCAUCCUCGCUCAAUAGGCCAGUCUGGCUUGUUACCUUCAAAUUGCUCACAUUCUUGUAAGUUGCUCUUAUGGUUCAUAUACUGUGAAACUUUGAAUUCUUUGGCCAAUUACUGUAACAUUUUGUUAUAGCUCAUCCGUUCGCUUCUCAGUGGGCAGCCGGCUUUCGCCGUGUUCUUGUUUAUCCGCUGACGCGUACUGUCCACAUCGAGUUCAUAGCAGCACCUCCCGAGUAUUGCUUCGAACAAUACGAGGUAAGGUUUACAACAUAUCACCGGAUGUACAAUGGUAAAAACUCUGCCUUUAUAUAUGUUAGCUUAACAUAGUACAUUCAUAUAUCUUCAGGUUCGACUGAUGGAUCCUACUGUAAUGCUGGUAGAAAGAACCACACUUAUCAGUCUGGACCAAUUGGUGGAAGAAAACACGAAUGGUACCGUCAACUACAUUGGCUACGUUAACUUCACGGAUGUUGAAGUAAGAUUAAUUAUAUAUGUUUAUAUAUGGAUUUUUAUCCAGUAUAUGACAUUUUAUAUAACAUUUAAUCUUCUGUUUAGUUGAACAAGACCUACACUCCCACCGUGAUCCCAGUAGAAACCUCGCUACAAGGUAGAUGUCUAUGUCCGGUUAAUUCGCAGAAUCAUCCAAAGAGUAACAACGUCGUAUGUACAUGUGUUAACUCGGAGAGUAAACGAAUCCGGCUUAUCAGUAAGUUAAAUGAUUCAAAAUUAUCAAGUUUUAUAAACUUUUUAAAUACCUCAAUACCGUAAUAAUUUUGUAAUAAGGGUAACUAAAGGGAGCCAAACAUAACAUUAUUGGAAGAUACCAAAGUUGAAGAUUGAUAACUAAUCAAUUUCAGAAAUCGACGCCACAAAAACCAUUUGCAUGGGAUGCUCCAACGAAACCAAGCCGAUUCUGGAGACCGAACUAGACGAAGACGAGUCCCAGACCUGGCUGUACCAUCUUGGAGUAUUCCUCCUUAUCCUCUUCCUACUAUGCCUAUUGGCGGUCAUGAUUCUGAUGGUGUACCAAAAGUACCGUACAUGGGGAAAGGCCUUCAGAAUCCAGCUUAUUCAUGACAGAAACCCCUCCAGAAGCCCAAAUCUGGAAAUCGCCGAUCUACAGACGAACGCGCUUCUGAAGCCAAACGGGUCCGUUCUACGGUCAACGAAUCUGAAUAUUCUGAUCGUCUACAGCCACGAUGCUCCUGAACACGACCUGGCUGUCAUCGCAUUCGCAGAAUAUCUACGUGACGUAUUCAACAUGGAUGUUCACGUAGGUUUUACCAUCGUAAACAAUCUUUCGAAAGCCUUUACUUCCUUCGAACACGUUUGUUACAAGCAGAACAACAUGCUCUUAAAGGUGUUACAAGAAAGAUGUUUUACUAGGGUUAAGAAAGGAAUGUUUAGUAGUAGUGCUAUUGUUAGAAUAUCAUCUUAAUAGUUUUAAAAGAGGUAACGUCGCAAUAAUAGUGUUAAAACCUUGCCAGUACGUAAUAAGUCGUAUUUUAGCUGGACAUGUGGGACGCGGAAUUAAUCCACAAAAAUCUGAUGGAUUACUUGUCGCUUUCGGUGGUUAAUGCUGAUUAUGUGGUCGUAAUCAACUCGAUAGGCACGUCAGCUAGAUACAACACCAAACUCCAAUCCCUUGGAGCCGAGAGCCCUACCGUAAUCCAAAGAAACGAAGCCGGACCUUUUGACAAACUCUUCCUUUCUCAAGUUGAUUUUGCAUUACAGUAAGUUAUACCAUACUUAAGUUAUACAAACUUCAAAAUUUGUAUAUAAUAUUAGGUAAAAGGCCAAUAUUAAUCUUCUCCAUAUUACAGACAUGGAAACGUGAUAUCAGCCAGACUGAACUAUUCCCACUUUGAUCAAGUGCUACCACCACUACAAGGCCGACUACAAUAUGUUAUACCAGACACUCUAGGUCCUCUACUGACAGCACUACACAAGACCAACAUGAAGAAUGACCCACGACUGGUCGGGUUCACUCCACAGCUAGUCAAACUUAAGAAAGCUGUAGAAGCCAUGGCUAGUCUAAUAUUGAAAGACCCCGAGUGGUUCACAGCAACACAUCACACCCAUCGUAUGCAACCAAAUACAAAACCUCUUCAAACAGAACCCCCCAAAAAGCUACAGUGAAAUUCCGCUUCUUCAGAACGGGGUACUUCCAUUGCACGAUGAAGUCAGUUCUCGACUGGCACCUCAAGUUCAACGGUCAGAAGAAUCUGAGCCCCUUCUGGAAAUGGAAAGCUCCGCCAACUCGCUUCACUCGGCUACAGAUCUCCACCAGUGCUGCGAAGAAGAGCAUGAAGAACCAGUAGCUCAGAAGGAUUACUUGGACGAUCACAAUGGAUCAGAAGACAGCGGAAACGUUACACAACAGAUGGUCAGUCAGGAAUACACUGACGACAUCUGUGCUGACGACGGUGCCCUUGUACAUAACACUCACAUAGACACCCCUGUACAUAACACAACAUUCAACAACGACACAACGGUAGAUAAGGAAACAGAAGACGACGGAGGUAACAUACUAAAUCCGGUUACCGAGCAGCCGCUACAAAAGUGGCGCGCGGAUCCGAAUCAAGAUUCUGGGAUGGUAUCUGACGCCGAUCUCCAGAUGAUCUCAUCCUCAUGA